GGUACGUCCCCUUCUCGCUUACUUAGCCAGAGCUAUUUGGUUAGCUAGAUAUUUUGAUAUUUUGGACACCUUGUACGGGGGGGAUAUAUGGACGUGAUGGGAUUGAUAUAACAGGCAACAACAACAAAAACUAAGCUAGCAUCAACAUCUUUAUUUUUUAAUUUUUUAAAGUGCAACUAUGUUCGGUCGGUCACGGAGUUGGGGAGGAGGACAGGGGAAAACAAAAAAUAUCCAUUCCCUGGACCAUCUGAAGUAUAUGUACCAUGUCCUGACUAAGAACACAACGGUAACAGACAGCAACAGGAACUUGCUGGUGGAGACCAUUCGCUCCAUCACUGAGAUACUCAUCUGGGGAGACCAGAACGAUAGCUCCGUCUUCGACUUCUUCCUGGAGAAGAAUAUGUUUGCGUUCUUCCUGAAUAUCCUUCGCCAGAAGUCCGGCCGCUACGUCUGUGUCCAGCUACUCCAGACGCUUAACAUCCUGUUUGAAAAUAUCAGCCACGAGACGUCGCUGUAUUACCUGUUGUCCAACAACCACGUCAACUCCAUCAUCGUUCACAAGUUUGACUUCUCAGACGAGGAGAUCAUGGCCUAUUAUAUCUCCUUCCUGAAGACCCUGUCACUCAAACUGAACAACCACACUGUACACUUCUUCUAUAACGAGCACACUAAUGAUUUUGCCCUGUACACCGAGGCCAUUAAGUUCUUCAACCACCCGGAGAGCAUGGUCCGUAUCGCAGUCAGAACCAUCACACUGAACGUCUACAAGGUCUCAUUGGACAACCAGCACAUGCUGCACUACAUUCGAGACAAGACGGCGGUCCCUUACUUCAGUAACCUGGUCUGGUUCAUCGGCUCCCACGUCAUAGAGCUGGACAAGUGUGUUCAGACGGACCAAGAGCAUCGUAACCGGGGGAAGCUGAGUGACUUGGUAGCAGAGCAUCUCGACCAUCUCCACUACCUGAACGAUAUCCUGACUAUCAACUGUGAGUUCCUGAACGAUGUCCUGACAGACCACCUGCUCAACCGUCUGUUCCUGCCUCUCUACGUCUUCUCUCUGGUCUGCCCUGAACAGUCUGAAGAUCGUAAGAUCAACCCUCAGGUGUCCCUUAACCUACUGUCACAGGUGUUUCUCAUCAUCCACUACCAGCCGCUGGUCAACUCUCUGGCUGAAGUCAUCUUCAACGGAGACCUGUCUGUCUUCACACAGCACAAAACCACAGUCAGCGCAGGCGUCCGUCGCUUCACCAAGCCUCCUGAGUCUCUGGAGCGGUCUCUGGAGCUGUCCUGCAAUCGGGGUCGCAAGCGCGCCCAGAAACGCCCCAACUAUAAGAACCUGGGAGAGGAGGAGGAGGAAGAGGAGAGGCCGGGGGGAGGAGAGGAGGGCUUGGAGGACAGCGAGAGAGAGAGGGAGAAGGCUAAAGGUACAGAAGGGAGCAGUAAGGGAAGCAGCAGGACAAGUGGGGAGAUGGAAGAGAUAGAGAUGGUGGUGAUGGACAAGGGGAAGGAGACGUCGUCGUCGUCGUCGGCGACGGAACAGAAUAUCACCGACGAGGAGAAGACUGCUGCCGCUGCUCGCACACAGAGGAAGAGACCGUUCCUAGACAUGGUGUACAGUGCUCUAGAUUGUAGUGAAGACGAUUACCAUGCUCUGUUUGUACUCUGUCUCCUCUACGCUGUGUCACACAGCAAAGGGAUCAACCGUGAGUUGUUGGAGAGGCUGCAGUUACCAGUCCCAGACCAGGAGAGGAGCUGUUACAGCCAGGUGUUGGUGGAGAGACUCAUACGAGUGAUGAACGUGGCCGCACAACCAGAUGGUAAGGUACGUCUGGCUACUCUGGAGCUGAGCUGUCUGCUGUUGAAACGGUCCGUCCUCUCCUCCUCCUCCUCCUCUUCCUCCUCUCCUGCUCACUGCAUCAUCAAGGACGUACACCUGGCCUGUCUAGAGGGAGCCAGAGAAGAGAGUCUGCAUCUCCUACGGCGUUUCUAUAAGGGGGAGGAGAUCUUCCUGGACAUGUUUGAAGAUGAGUACAGGAGCAUGACGAGUAAGCCCCUGAACGUGGAGUACCUCAUGAUGGACGCGUCCGUUCUACUUCCUCCUACUGGUACUCCUCUGACUGGAAUAGACUUCGUUAAGAGACUGCCCUGUGGAGGAGUAGAGAAGACCAGACGGGCCAUCCGUGUGUUCUUCAUGCUGAGAUCACUAUCUCUUCAGCUGCAGGGAGAACCAGAGACGCAGCUUCCUCUCACUCGCUCUGAAGACCUCAUCAAGACCGACGAUGUUCUGGACCUAAAUAACAGUGAUCUGAUAGCCUGUAUGGUGGUCAGUAAGGAAGGAGGUCAGGCUCAACGGUUCCUGGCGGUGGAUGUUUACCAGAUGAGUCUGGUUGAACCUGAAACUAAACGUUUGGGCUGGGGAGUGGUCAAGUUCGCUGGUCUGUUACAGGACAUGCAGGUGUCUGGGGUAGAGGAUGACAGCAGAGCUUUAAACAUUAUCAUCCACAAACCCUCGUCCAACCCCCACGCCAAGCCCCUCCCCAUCCUGCAGGCAAACUUCAUAUUCGCCGACCACAUCCGCUGCAUCAUCGCUAAGCAACGCCUGGCCAAGGGCAGGAUACAGGCCAGACGUAUGAAGACACAGAGGAUAGCAGCGUUACUAGACCUUCCUGUCCAGCCCAGUUCGUCAGAGGUUCUGGGCUUCGGCCAGACAGGAAACACUGCUGCCGGAGGUCAACUCCCUUUCCGCUUCUACGACCAAUCGCGUCGAGCGCCCAACGACCCCACCGCACAGAGAUCUGUGUUCGCCUCCGUUGACAAAGUUCCAGGGUUUGCGGUGGCCCACUGUGUCUCUCAGCACAGCCCGUCACCCCUCUCCUCCCCCUCCCCACCCUCCUCAGGCAGCACCGGACGAUGUGACUCUGUUACAGCCAGUACGAUAUCAGCCAACAGCCCUACAGAUGAGGAGACGUUCUUGGAGCACACCCCUCCUUCUUCGGUCUCCGGUGGAGAGGCAGGAGGAAGAGGAGGAGAGUUAACCGGGUCUUGUUCCCCUGUCCCGUCUGUCCUCGCCCCCAGCCUCACCCCUGCCUCCCAGCCUAACAUCUCUCUACUGACCGACGACAACACAGACUCUCUGAGCGUCGAGUCACUGACCCUGCUGCCCCCGGCUGACCACCUGCACGCACUCGGCUCACACACACACCUCGGCACUGAUACGGCUAUCAGAGAGGAGGAGGAGGAGGAGGAGGAGGGGCUAGAGAAGAGAGAAGGGGAGGAGCCAAAGGAGGAAGUGGAAGGGUCGGCGAUGGAGGAAGAGGAGGAGGAGACUGAAACCGAAACAACAAUUCAAGAGACAGCUGAAGCAGAGAUGGGAACGCCCACUGAGCAAGACACGCCCCUUUCUUCUGAGGGAGACACACCCCUUUCUUCUGAGGGAGACACACCCCUUUCUGCUCAGAGGGGAGGAGACCCCAGGACACAGCUGCAUCAGAAGGGAAAACACACCUGCAGGACACACCCACAGAAACACCCUGAUUAA